AUGGGCCCCGACUCAGACAGCAACGAUGUCCGCACCACAGCGUCCCCGAGGGGCCCGAGGGCCUCGAGGGCAGAGAAAUCUGGCGUCGCGGUCUGCGAGAGAGAUACUGCUCGGGAAAUGUUGCCGGACUGGAUGGUUAUGCGGCCGAUGAGGAUGAGAGGCUUGAAGAGCAAGGGCAAUGGCAUCGGCAGCGAGAGGAGGAGAAGAGCCGAUGGACUCGGUUCCAAUGGAAAAGGGGGUGGAAAUGGCAAUGGCAAUGGCAUCGACGUUAAUAGGAAGAGCGACUUCAAGAUCACAGAAACGGACGAGACAACUGGCAGCGGUGACGGUCAAGACGGAACGGGGGACCUCGAAGCCUCGGACGACAUCCGCAGUGACGACGAGCUUUUGGGAUCCGAUACCGACGAAGAAGAUGGGCGUCGACGCGCUUCUGUGGUUCGUGAGAGUGAGAGGACUGAUGGGGACGGGGAGGCAUUAGCCCGCGGCCACACGGAAUUCAAGGUCUACAAAAGGAGGUGGUUCGGACUGGUACAGUUGGUGCUCUUGAAUAUCAUCGUGUCUUGGAACUGGCUCUCCUUUGCGGCAAAUUCGACGACGGCGGCUGAGUACUACAAUGUAACGUCGUCCAGCAUCAACUGGCUCAGUACGGGCUUCCUCUUCGCCUUUGUCGUGGCAUCUCCAUUUGUGGUGUACACGCUUCACCGCGGAGGUCCCAAGCCGUCCAUCAUAGCCGCUUCCGUGCUCAUCCUGGUGGGAAAUUGGAUCCGAUAUGCAGCGACCAGAGUAGGGACGCAUGGCAGUUUUGGAGGCCUCAUGGUCGGACAGAUUCUGACGGGACUGGCCCAACCUUUUGUGCUCGCUGCUCCGACCAGAUACUCGGAUCUGUGGUUCACCAACCGCGGAAGAAUUGCGGCGACGGCUGUGAUGAGCUUGGCAAAUCCUUUAGGGGGCGCAUUGGCUCAACUUAUUGAUCCUGCUUGGGUACAUCAGGCUUCUGACAUCCCUAACAUGGUCCUGUAUAUCUCCAUCAUUGCUACUGUUGCGAGCAUUCCUUCAUUUUUCCUCUCAGCAAAGCCACCAACACCGAGCUCCCACUCUGGGACUCAGCCAAAGCACCAGCUGAUCCCAUCCCUCAGGUUUCUCAUCUCGUCCCCGGAAUUCUGGAUGAUCAUGAUCCCGUUUACGUUCUACGUGGGGCUGUUCAAUAGCCUCUCGUCCUUGCUCAACCAGAUUCUCCAGCCUUACUCCUUCACCGAGGACGACGCUGGUAUCGCUGGAGCUCUCCUCAUCGUUGUCGGCCUGGUAGCAUCGGCUAUCACCUCACCGAUCAUCGACAAAACUAAAUCAUACCUUCUAGCUUGUAAAGUCCUGGUACCGAUCAUUGCCGUCUGCUAUCUAGCCUUCACCUGGGCCCCACAGACCCGGACCAUACUGGCGCCGUAUGUCACCCUAUCUAUCCUGGGCGCGGCAUCGUUCAGUCUCAUUCCGAUCGUGCUGGAAUACCUGAUUGAGAUCACGCAUCCUGUUGCCCCGGAGGUUACCAGCACCAUCUGCUGGACUGGCGGCCAACUUUUCGGAGGGAUCUUCAUCAUCGUCUCCGAUGCUCUCCGUGCCUCGGGCCCUAACGAUGGGACAGCUGAUGACCAUACCGAUCGGCCGCCAGGAAACAUGUUCAGAUCUUUGAUAUUCCAGACCGUUCUAGCGCUGGUCGUUGUUCCGCUCCCGCUUGCGCUGGGCUGCUGCGGGAGACAGGAGGGCGUGAGGAUGAGGAGGGUAGAUGCUGAUAGAGCAGCGGCGGAGAGGAGGUAUACGGCGGGUGGUGGACAGCUUCUGGCUUGA